GGGACGCACUGAAUGAGUUCAUGUUUGGCACUGGUGAAUUAUUUUUUAGUUAAGUUAUUCGGUCGUCUCAACAUGAAGGUUCUGAUUCUCGCUUGCCUCCUCACCUGCGCCACAGGCCAGCCCGUGUUCCCGCGUCUGCCAACAUCGGUUCUGCUGAAGGGAGGACCGUUUUUAGCGACCGGCGAAAAAAUAGUUGGUGGCACCGAAGCGGUUCCCUAUGAAUUUCCCUGGCAAAUAUCUCUACAGAGACGCGCGGCAAUUGGCUGGUCACAUAAUUGCGGAGGAUCCGUCUAUAAUGAAAAUUACAUCAUCGAUGCUGCUCAUUGCGUUGACGGGACUUUCCCAAGCUCAUGGCGAAUAGCGGCCGGUGAACAUAGUUUAUCUUUGACCUCCGGCUAUGAACAGUACCGAAACGUAUUAUCCAUACGGGUACAUGGAAACUACAAUCAAAACACAUUUGCAAACGAUAUAGCCCUUCUCAAAAUGGAUCAGCCACUCAGUUUUGCCACGGGUAAAGUCGGCCCUAUUAGCCUACCAAUUUCAGGGUCGAUUCUCAAGGCCGGAACGUCUUGCAUCGUCUCAGGAUGGGGUACCACCGCUUAUAGUGGCACAGUAUCUGACGUGUUACGCAAAGUUGCCCUACCUGUUGUUUCCAACAGUGAUUGCGAUGCAAUGUACGGUAUCGGUUCCAUUUUGCCUUCUAUGAUGUGCGCUGGUUUCGUCGCAGGUGGAGCCGAUUCUUGCCAAGGGGAUUCAGGUGGUCCGCUCGUCAUGUUAAAUCCCAAUAUCCUGGUGGGUGUUGUUUCAUGGGGGAAUGGAUGUGCUUAUCCUGGAUAUCCGGGUGUGUACACUAGAGUUUCGUCAUUCGUUAACUGGAUCAAGACAAACGCUGUGUAAGGGUACGUGAACAAAAUCGAUUACGCCUUACGAAAAAGAACUAGUUAAAUUUUGAAUUCUUCAAAACUAAUUUUUGCAAAUCUGGCAACACGUACAUCACAUGAUUAACUAGUCAACAUACAGUUGAUUCUUGUCGAACUAUA